UUGUGGGUUUAGCACAAUCGUGAAUUUAAAUUGGGCCACACAGUUUUUUUUUUAUAUUCUUGACUGACGUGCCGAUACUGAUAAAUUCUUUCUGACAUGUGAUGUCAUAUUAGUAUUGUGCUAGGUGAUUGUGUUAUUGUCGUUAUAUUUCUUAGCUUUAAUACUUAGUUUAUAAAUUAUUUUAGUAGAAACAAUGACAUUAUUUAAAUUAAAAUCAGAACCUGUUAUAUUACUUGAAGAUGACAGCAACAAGAAUAUAUUACCUUUAUUACUUGAAUUAGCGAAUCAAGAUAAUAACCUCCUUAAUUUUUUCUCAUACGAACAGCCUGUUUGCUACUGGAACAAUGUUUUUACGGACCGAUCUAAUAUUGUUGUCUACGAACAGUUGAUGACUGACAUGUAUAAUAAAUAUAUAAACACGAAAUGCUGUGUUAUAAUAGAUUCAGUGAAUCAAAUGACUAUAAGUUUAGGUUGGAAUGAAUGUUUUAGAUGUAUAAAAAGACUAAUAUGUGAUAAAAAUGUUACUAAACUCAUACUAGUGUUCCACAAGGACUGUCUUCUACCUGCAUCGAGGUUACAUCGACAUUAUUUGAAACACAUGGCAACUGCAGUGAUAUCAUUUGAUGUCACAGAAUUUAACAAAAUUAGUGUACUCAUAAAAAAAGCAGGCAAAUGUGUUGAAAGUGAGGAAUUACUUAGUUAUGACGAGACAACAAGAUCAAUAAAAUGCAUGCCCAUUAUUAAACCUGUUAAAGCAGAUGAUGAACCUGAGAAGCCUUCUCCAGGAAACCUUUCAACAUUCAAAAUAGAAGUAGACCAAACUGUGAAACUUGAAAAGUAUAAAUUGAAGUUACCAUAUAUGAGUAAGAUAAAUGAAGGGGAAAGUAAAGUGUACUAUGAGCCUGAUGCUGUUGAUGACUGGGAUGAGGAAGAUCCAGAUGAAGACCUAGAUAUAUAAAAUAAAUUAUUUUU